AUGGCAUCCAUUAUUUCCCGGAAUCCACCGCGAGAUGAAAACGUCCCCACCACCUUAGAUUCAGCACUUUCAAAGGAUGAAGAUAGCGCUUCCAUUGAGCAAUGCAAAUCGAGGCUCAGAUCAGCUCUCUUGCCAUCACAUCUAGAAACAUUACUUCUGGCCAUCUUUCCCGCAAUACUACUGCUAGGGACUCUAUUCGGCCUUCUAGACCCAGCUGCACGCCAGUCCACCUACAGUGUGAGCUCACAAUCACAUCUGCAACAUUCGGCACCUUCUUACUUCGCCAAGAAAGAUAACAUCUUCAACAUUUUCUUUGUCAAGCGGGGCUGGGCAUGGGUCACCUUCAGCUACUUCUUAUUCCUAUUCACUCACCCAUCAACUGGUUCCUCGUCAUCCCCAUUAUUCGUGACAAAACGAGUGUAUGGAUUAAUGAGGUACGGUGUUGUCACCCUAUGGUGGAUAUUUGUUACGCAAUGGUUUUUUGGACCAGCUCUUAUUGACCGGGGAUUCAAAUACACUGGUGGACACUGUGAAUUAGUCACAAUGAACGGAUCCAACUCUAUCUAUAUAGGGGAAAAAGUGAUUUUUUUGAGUGCAGCGACGUGCAAGGCUGCUGGGGGUAAGUGGAAAGGAGGUCAUGACAUAAGUGGUCACGUGUUCCUACUCGUACUAGGCACCAUGUUUCUCCUCGAAGAAGUCUUAAGUGUGACUCUCGCCAGGCACAGAGAGGAAGAGACAAUAAAGAAGGAUUGCGAUGCUAAUGGCGGUCAAAUUAACUACAAAAAAGCAAAUAUCAGGGGCUCUCCGGACAUUUGGACGUUAGGGUCUAGAGUGGCUAUUGGUGUAGCUGUCAUGAACUUGUAUAUGCUCAUGAUGACUGCUGCUUAUUUCCACACUUGGCUUGAAAAACUCACUGGGUUGACUAUGGCAUUUUUGGGGAUUUUUACAGUGUUCUUCUUACCCCGUGCUAUACCUGUUUUGGGGGCUAUUCUAGGAGUGCCAGAGAUAUAA